AAGUUCUUUUGGAUCGCUACAUCUGAUCAGCCUAUUGUUUCCCAUGAAAUGGUUGCACAUCAGGCUGUUAGAUUUCUGUUUGCCAAGUAUGAGUUCGCAGUCCACGACUACAACCUGCAGACUUUGCUUUUAUACCGUCAAAUAGCUGCCUCUGCAGUCGAUGCAGCUCUUACGGCCUCGACGCACCUUGCUAGGUUUCGGGCGCGCUAUGGUCCCAUGGAUCUGUCAUUUUUGGUAUUUGGUUUGUGCCUGCCCCCCUUCCUGUCGAGCAACUUACCCAGUUUAGGAUUUUCCCUAUACACGAUGUCGGGUAGCUCUUCCCAGCGUGUACAGCGGGCACGGGAAAGUCGAACGCGCCGACGUGCUUCUAUAGGCCAGGGAUUCUUGCAGGCUCCUGUGUUCAGCAAUGUUAGCCCUACAGCCCCUAGGCUCACCACUGUCCUCCCAGGUCUAUCAGGUUCUAUACCGAGUGUGCCGAAACCUGCUCUCAGCUUGCCUACUAUCUCGGACGUGGGUGUUGAGUCUCAGACCGGGUCGAUUGGCAGCACGUCGUGUCCUGUGCAUGACUCACAACCCGCUCCUAGCAGAAAAAGAACACUCUUAGAUGUGCCACGGCAUGCCGCUACAGCAAAUAGAGAACGACGCCGUUUGAAGAGAGCAGGAGGUGACUCGGGUCAUUUGCUGCAGAAAAUUCUGGAUGGUCCAGUGCCUACUCUUGAUGAUGUCCUGCCCUUGCCUAAGGACUAUAUUGCAUCAUUGAAAGAUUAAGUUGAUCUAUACAAAAAAGAGGCCCAAAGGCCUUAGAAG